AUGGUGAUUGCCGGAGCUCCCGAGCCGUCGCCAGAGCGCGUUGCCGCCUGGUCGGCAAUGGUCGCCAAGCCUCAGUCUGAGCCCGGAAAGGCGACCACGGCGACGAAGCCCCCGGUGCCUCCGGCUCCGAAGCCCUCGACAACAUCCGCUGGAAAGCCUCCUCGCCCCGAACCCGCGGCUCCCCUUGCCGCAGCUGCCGCUCAGUCUGCGGCCCCUGCUGCUGCUGAGCGGUCCGCCCCGUCUGCGCCAACUGCUCCCCAGGCUCCGCUUGAAGCCCCGACAAAGACUGACGCCGCACUCCCGGCUCCCGCUCCCGUUGGGCCACCUGCUGCCGGCCACGAGCCGCAGACUUCUGCGCCUGCCUCGUCCCCGCGGGCGGCGUCCGCCACCACUGGCGGCCCGGCACAGUUGAUUGUGCCCCCUGUAGUGGACCCGGCUGCCCCUGUUGCACCGCCCGUGGCUCAGCAGGCGCAGCCGGCAUCGCAAUCUCGUCCUCCCUCGCCGGACCGUCGCCUAUCUCGCUCCCAUUCUCCAGCGCCCCAACAGGAUCGGGCGUCCUCCCGGCGCCGGCGCAAUUCUCCCCGGCGCAAUCAACAGUCAGCCCAGCGUCAGGCGGCGCUUCCUGAGGUUCCGCUCCCUGCUGCACCAGUCCAAUCUCGUGUUCCGACCCCAUCACCUCCCGCUGUUGCUGCAUCCGCUCCCGUUCCUGGGUCGCGGUUGCAUCUGCCGCCCGUCCCGCCCGUGGCAGGAGUAGAAUUUGUGGCUGUGGGAGGCGGAGCGGUGACGGCGGGUGGCCCGGCUCCUCUUGCCGUUGAGGAGCCAUUCCAGUUCCUUGCUCAGGCGCUGCAACCCCCUCAGGCCCGUGUUCCGGAGGCGGCCCUCGGCCAGCUCUUCCACCUAGCGGAGAGCUUUCACGCACUGCUCCUGAUACAGGUUCUUGCACAUUCGUCUCUCCCUGCGGCCCCCCCUGAGUUGUUCCUGGAUCGACAUCGCGAUUCUUGCCUGGACGCAGCCGAUCAGCUUGCAGUGCUGCUGGCGCCCGUGCUGGCUGCGCCCGUCGAGGGAGGCGUUGCGGCGGCGGGGCCGCUUGAUGAGGCUGUGCGCGGCUUGCGGCGCCAUUUGCGUGCUGGUUCUGGAGCCGCCGCGAUCGGCGCAAGCACGCUUGUGGUCCGAGAGCUGUGGCGCUCCCUGACGGGCGUUCUUCACGCCCUCGGAGCUCACCGCAUGUAG